GCUGUAGUUAGAGGGGAAUUAGGAAUUUUUAGCGGGGUUAGUGGAGAUUAGUUAGGUGUCAAUAUUGACCUUUUCAAAAUAUCCAACAGUCGUCACCAUCUGAGGUGGUGGUGGUGGUGGUGGUCUUCACUUGAGAGGGAACGAAUGAAAAUGAUGACGAACAAGAUAUAAGAAGAAACGAAAAAUUGCUUCUUUGUUCUUUUUCCAGAUUGGACCGGGCCGUCCGCUGCGAUGGGCGAUGCUUUAUUGAAUUUUCAAGACAACAGCCCAAGACAUCAGGUAAAUCUGUUGCGGUUUGAUGCCCACGUUCCUAAUCGGAUCCCCCGGCACUUGGGAAAAAAAAUCCACCCGCAAUCCCAGCCAGGGGAAAGAGAUCCUCUCUUCUCUUGGGAAGAAUUUCUUCAAGAAUCCUUCGUCACUUCCCAUCCUCCCCCCGCGAACUAAUUUCAAAGAACUAAUAAUAAAAUAGGGGGGAAAAAAUGGACCGCCCUCCUCCGAUGUCCAUCGAUAUCAUCUCCGACGACGACAUCUCAUCCUUGUCCCCGACGCCCCUCCGCCCUGCCAAGAGACCCAACAGCACCAGCAUCAUCACCGGAGAAGAAAGAGGCGGAGCGCCUCCGACUCUUCUCGUGAUCGACGUCGACGAUCCCACUCCCCACAAACAAGUCCCCAGAACCACCCCCUCUUUUGUCGCCGAUACCCCUCUCUCCUCCUCCGACGUCUCCAUCGUAAAAUGCUCCCUCCGCCGUCCUCAGACCUCGGAGAUCGUGCCGCCCUCGAAUUUGCAGGACAAGUUCGCCGGAGUUUCUGGUUUCAUAUGUUUGGAAUCAGAUGAUGAGUCUGAAGACGGUUCAUGCAAAGGGAAUUUUACCACACAAAAACAUUGUGCUGCAAGUUUUGGACUGGUUGGCUGCUCGGCGAAAAGGUCUAGCUUUUCUAGGUCCCCAAGUCCAAUGCAUUAUCUGUCCGAGAAAGAAUGCAUUGGAAUUUGUUCUCCACUAAGACAAGAAACAUCAGCCAACAACGAGGACAGUGUGAAAGUCACUGCUAGAUGUUCUACAAAUGGAUUGCCUAAUGGAUGCAUGGGUGCCACUAGUUCAAUGCAAGGCUUAGAAGACAAUCCUCAUGUUGACUGCAUGGAUGAGGAUGUUAUGCUGCAGGUGAGAAGCUAUAAUGAUGAGGCAGGCAACAUGUUUGAGCAGGUAAAUAAAACUAUCAAGCAGAAAGGAAAACGUGCUUCAUCUGAAUCUGAAAAAAAUAAUAAAAAAAGUGAGAUUGCUGCCAGAAAGAAGACAGAGAAAGAAGAAAAAACUCGUAUGCUUGAAGAAAAAAAGCGUAAAAGGCAGGAAGAGAAGUUUCAAAGGGACGCUUUAAAAGCUGAAGCAGCAGAGAAGAAGAAACUGGAGAAGGAAAAGCAGAAAUGGGAAAAAGGGAAACUGGCAGUAAAGUCUAUUGUAGCUGAAAUUGAUGCUAAAGUUGUUGAAAAUGGUUCGGUUGGGGGUCAUCUUCUAACUCGACUAGCUGAAAAAGGACUUUCUUUCCGCAUAACUUCAAAUCCUAUUGAAAGAUCUAUAUUGUGGCAAAUGAGUGUGCCUGACCAAAUUGCUCAGAUCUCAAGCGUAAGAUCAGAAGUUCCAUACGUGUUGCUUGUUUAUCAGGCCGAAGAAUUUUGCGAACUUGUUAGAAGUGACUCUCUUAUGGAUAAUGUCCGAAGAGUUCAAAGUUUCCAUCCAUCAUUCACAGUCUGCUACCUCACGAACAAACUAAUGAGUUAUAUCAAUAAAUGCGAACAGAAUCAGUAUAAGAAUCCUUCACAUGCCAGCUCUUGGACGCGUCCUCCAGUUGAAGAGGUCUUAUCAAAAUUAACAACACAUUAUACAAAAGUGCACUCAAGGCAAUGCAUAGAUGAAGCUGAACUAGCCGAACACAUUGUUGGUCUGACGUCUAGCCUCGCCAGUUGCCAGUUUAGGAAAAAGUUGACACAUCUUUCUGUAAAUGCUAAUGGGUCUAUUGUUUCUAAGGAUUUCAUCGAUAGAAAUCUGAUAAAAAAGAAUGUUUGGCUCAAAGCCCUGGUAGCAAUUCCUAAAGUACAACCAAGGUAUGCUAUAGCUAUUUGGAAAAGAUAUCCUACCAUGAGAUCUCUUCUGAAUGUAUACAUGGAUCCAAAUAAAUCGGUUCAUGAGAAGGAAUUCUUGCUCAAGGAUCUGAUGCUCGAGGGGCUGUUGGGUAAGGAAGACAGGAGAUUGGGGGAGAUGUGUUCGAAGAGAAUAUACAGAAUUCUUAUGGCACAAAGUGGUGGCAUCAAAACUGAUGAUGUUGAGGAUGGUGCUGAUUCAUUUGGUUGCUGAGAUCUUGUGCAGAUCAUAUCAAUUGGUUCUUAAAUUUUUAGCCAGAAUUUUGCAUAAUGUUGUAAACUUGUAAAGUAAUGUUUUAUUUGAAAGGUUUUUUUUUAACCCACAAAUAUCUUGCAUAGAUCUAUUGCCUUCGGGGAAGGCUUGUACGUGCUGUUGCAAGUUUUAGAUUGAAUUGCUGACUGCCAAGUUUUUCUCGAGUUAGAGAGGAACUUGCUACCAUUGACUUCCAAGAGUCGUAGGGACCUCCAGUUCAAAAUAUAAAAUAUGUCUAUGCAGUGUUCUUCCCAUACCAAUUGAUUGAAGGUAUUUAUUUCACCAGCUGGAGUUGCUUUAUAUGCCGUGACAAGUUGAGAGCAAAGGGGGCUACCGAGUCAAGCAAUCAGUGGAUGCAGCUGAGAUUUGUGAUUGCCCUAUUUCAUACGGUGGAACGCCUUCAAUCAAUUCAUGAUAAGGCAAAGCAUGUGUAUCUUUGAAUCUAUCCAAGGGGAAAAACAUGGUCGUGAAUAUCUCUUUGCCAUUAAUGGUGAAAGGCGAUGGUUUUGUUUUGUUUUUGUUUUUUCCCCUUCCAAGAGUGCACAAGGGUUUAUGUAAAUGAGGUUUAUAUUG